AUGGAAUCAAAAUCUCUUUUUUCUGGUUCCCAAAUCAAUAAUCUUUUAAAAGAGCGUAUCCCCAUAUACGAUCAUAAAGUAGGAGAGUUCUUUCUUGAUACUUUGCCAGCUGGUUAUGAAAACGCAUGUGUCGAGUGGGAUGGAAAAGGAUUUGCCUGGAUUGUUGAAGGUUUAAGUAGAAACUUUGUAGUUUUUAAUUCAUAGAUUUUCUUCACAGGUUGGCCUCAAAUUGAGCUCAAAAAAGAACGAACUGUGAUCAGAGGACGACAUGUAGUACAACAGCUACUUCAUCAAGGACUACUCCUAUUCGAUAAGCGAAAUGUCAUGUUUUAUCAAAGUGAGUACCUUAAAAGUCUGUCGAGUGUUACAACAAAACAAUACCCUUCAGAAGCACUUCCCAUCGGAUACGAGUUUGUGGCUAUCGAAAUGAUUACCGACACUAUCGCAAAUAUUGUGUCAGGUACACCAAAAUCUUUCAAUUUGAUAGACAUAUUUAGCAGUUCAUAAUUUUAUCUGAAAACCUCAGUGUGUACAAAGAAAUGUCGAACAAAGCAGAAAACAUUUUCCGGUCUAGUUGGUCCGGGUUUUAGUACAAAAUUUCAACGCUUAAUUUCUCAUUCAAAAUUGCUCUCAGACUCGUAAUUUGUUUUAAUUCAGAUAACUUGUAAUUUUUUCCUCAAACAUAGAAAAGCUAAUAUUGUUGACUCCGCUAUUGUGUGUCACCUCGUAAUUUGGAGGCAAUGCUUCUUUUCUUUUUUGUUUUCUUAUCUGUGGGAACAUUACAAUAGUUGCAAAGACAUUCGGGAGAAAGCUGAGAACGCUACUGGUGUGUAUAUUUGAUGAACAGAAAACUUUCAAAUUAUUCUACAGGUUGGCCAUCACUUCUAUUUCACGAACUUCUUCGUCUUGGAGAUGUACAGCCUGAACAGGAAGCCAAUUCACUAGAAGAAAUACGUUGUGUUCGUAACUGCACACCAUCCAGUUCACAAAUAACUAGUCCGGAAACGCAUGGUUCGCCUCUCCGAAGAUGUGAGUUCAUAUUUCAAAUUUCGGAUUGGAUUUUUUAUUUCAGAUAUCUGAAGAUUAAUCGAGCCCUUACGUUCUUUUUCUGUAUGCAUUAUACUUUUUUUUUUGCCUUCUUGCAGCUAGAAUAAAUAUUAUUUUCAAUUUGAUUUUCAAUACUUUUUUAAAACUCAGUUUGAGAUUACUGAACUUGGUUCAUAAAACCAUUUGAAUACAUUCAUAACUUUUUUAUCCUUAACUUACAUUUUUUACCAUUCACUCAUUUCUUAACAAAUUUUCAGAUGGAACAAAAAGAACACGAAAAGGUCGUUGCCAAUGCUCUGGAAGUCCAUUUUCUAUUGGAAAAUGUAAAAUAGUGCAGAUUUCAAUUUUCCAAUUUGUUCAUAUUCAGAUUCUGGAAAAGGUAAAAAAUGGAGAUACCGCCGACAUCUCUCUGGAAGCCAGCUCGGUCGUCUGGGCGUUGAACUGGUUCCCGCAAUUUCAAAAUACGCUUCCAAAGCUUUUUGGUUAUAUCGGAGCCAACUAUGACACCAUGAACCUAGUCAGUGUUCUCGAUUACAUCUCCAACCUGUUCUAUUUCGGUGAGUAAACACAAUUCUGUGUCUUCGAAGUAAAUGGAGAACUGUAGCGUUCAAAACAAUUUUUCAAAAUCGAUCAAAAUAUGACUUUCAGUAGCUACUGUACUUUGAAAAAAAUGCUUUCAGGAGAUAAGGAAAAGAAUCCAGUCCGAAUUAUGGAGCCGGAAUACUUGCCAUUCUACAGCGCCUUCUGCAAAAUGACCGGAAAUCCCAUAGACGCGGAAGGUAUACCAAAUUACAUAAUUUUGGACCGCAAAACCGUCCAGAAAUUGGUGAACAGAUCUAAACCUCAUUUAAUUUGCAGCUGUGAUGACUGAUUUCAAACGGAGACAGCAAAAACACGUCGAGGAUGCGGUGUCAAAAGUUCGCGCCAAGGCUGAGCAAGUGAAGACGGAAAAGAUGAAGCUGAAAAAUAUACGUAUUUCCAACUACACUUCCAAGAAAUCAGCUUCUUCGGAUAGAAAGUCGAGCGAAACCCAUUUGUACGAUUACGUGACCGAGCAGUCGGAGGGCGACAACAAUACUUCGGAUGGAGAAAACAGAGAUUUCUCGGCCAUCCGCGGGUCUCGUAAGCGCAAGCUUUCAGUUCCCCACCGUAUCAUCUAA